AAAAGCCAAAGUCAUCACACGUUUUUGAGUUUGCAUAUUUGUUUACAAGGUUUCAAGAUGCCACCCACAGAACAGGCAGAAACAAAACCUAUUCCAAAGGUGGACACUAAGAUUUCCAAGGUUGUGGUCCAUCCUUUGGUGCUUUUAAGUGUGGUAGAUCAUUUUAAUCGUAUGGGAAAAGUCGGAAAUGUCAAAAGAGUCGUCGGUGUGCUGCUUGGUUCUAACAGACAAGGCGUCUUGGAUGUGUCAAAUAGUUUUGCAGUUCCAUUUGAUGAAGAUGACAAAGACAAAACAGUGUGGUUUUUGGAUCAUGAUUAUUUGGAAAACAUGUAUGCCAUGUUUAAAAAAGUCAAUGGUAAGAUAUCAAGAAAAAGUGUUGGUUGGUAUCACACUGGACCAAAGCUAAAUCAGAAUGACAUUGCCAUCAAUGAACUGAUGCGGCGGUACUGUCCUAACUCAGUACUGGUUGUAAUAGAUGCGAAACCAAAGGACCUAGGACUCCCUACAGAAGCAUACUAUUCUGUUGAAGAAGUUCAUGACGAUGGAACACCAACUUCCAAAACCUUUGAGCACAUUCCCAGUGAGAUUGGAGCAGAAGAGGCAGAAGAAGUUGGAGUUGAGCAUUUAUUAAGGGACAUUAAGGACACAACAGUGGGCACAUUAUCACAGCGUGUUACAAGCCAGCUUAUGGGUCUUAAGGGUCUGAACCUUCACAUUAAUGACAUUGGAUCAUACCUGGAGAAAGUGGCAUCAGGACAGCUGCCAAUCAACCACCAAAUCAUAUACCAGCUACAGGACGUGUUCAACCUCCUACCAGAUGUCAACCUGCAGCAGUUUGUCAAGGCAGUGUAUGUGAAAACCAAUGAUCAGAUGUUGGUUGUAUACGUGGCCUCCCUUAUCAGAUCUGUCAUAGCCCUACAUAACCUGAUCAACAACAAACUACAGAACCGUGACGCCGAGAAAAGUGAAGGAAAGGAUUCAAACAAGGACAAAAAGAAAGACAAGGAAGAAAAGGGAGAUGGUGAUAAGAAGAAAGAUGGAGACAAAGAUAAGAAAAAGGAUGAUGACAAGAAAGACACUGACAAAAAAGACGCAAAGAAGGAAUCAUCUAGUAGUAAAGGAGCAAAGAAGUGAAAUUGAUCAAUUCGGACAAAGACGAUUUGUACUGGAGAGUGCUCUCUGGUUACUCUGGACAAACUCAUUAUUUGGAAGGCAAUGUUUGAGUGCAAAGAAUGAAAUGUGACAGCUUUGUUGUGAAUGUAAUUUACUUUACUCCACCGGAUUCCAGAGUUGAGUGUUCAGCUGAAAGUUUACGGAGUGCUGAAAAUGAGUUCCUUACUAUAAGGGUCACAUCUGAGACCGGUACCUGACAAGGGUGAGAAAUAAACUUUCUAACAGACUGGACACAACAGUUUCCCGUUAUUUGAAAUGAUGCAGAUAAAGAAAAGACAUUAAGACUUGCAUAUCCUACAGUGACCCAAAUCUGUUUUGGCAGUAAAAUUCAUUGAUCACUAACUGCACGUUGAGUAAUAACCAGUUCCAACUCAUUUACUUGAUUUCUGAAAGAUUCUCAACAUAAAAGACAAAAGCAAAUUAUGUAAUAUUCCAACUGUUUAUUAUAAACUUUAUAUGCAACAGAAAUAAAACAUCUGAAAAACCAUUUCACUGGUACAUAAAACUGAUAUUUCCGACUAAUAAUAUUGCGUAGACAUUAA